GUCAUAAAGCGAAUCCAAAUACAUAAAGGUAAACAUGCCGCGUGAAAUCAAGAACCUGAAGGAGUUUCUUGCCAUCUGCUCUCGCAAGGAUGCUCGUUGCGUGAAGGUGAAGCACAACCCGAAGGUCUCCAAAUUCAAGGUCCGCUGCAGCCGCUACCUCUACACCCUCGUCGUGGCGGAUAAGAAGAAGGCCGACAAGAUUGAGCGCUCCAUUCACCCGUCCGUGAAGAAGAUCACUGUGACGGCGCGUAGCCAUGCCAAAACCAACUCCAGUUCGAAGUAAGUUUAGCAUGACUCGACCUUCGUGUCCCUUGUUGCUUUGACAUGCACUGACACACGUGCAGUAUCGAUGGUGGGACUACGGAUCGCUUUUAUGCAUGAUACAAGUUUAUUUACCCAUGCGUUUUCUUUUAAUAAAUAGUUAAACCAUUCACUGAGGUCAGGUAAAGUUGCUUCUUUACAGCCUUUGGGACCCUAUUUAGUGUGCACGUUGUAGCUGUUUCU